CGCGCCGGCAGAGGAGCUGCCGCACGAGGCACGCCGGCUUUGCCGGGGGACAGCGCGGGGACCUGGCAGCCAGGAUGUUUCUGGAGCCUCAGGAAACUAUGCCCCAGACAUCCGUCGUCUUCUCCAGCAUCCUCGGGCCCAGCUGUAGCGGACAGGGGCAGCCCAGCAUGGGGGAGCGAGGAGGCGGGGCCAGCGGCUCCGGGGACCUCAUCUUUCAAGAUGGUCGCCUCAUCUCCGGGUCGCUGGAGGCCUUGAUGGAGCACCUGGUCCCCACGGUGGACUAUUACCCUGACAGGACAUACAUCUUUACGUUUCUCUUGAGCUCCCGGGUCUUCAUCCCCCCUCAUGACCUGCUGGCCCGUGUAGGGCAGAUCUGCCUGGAGCAGAGGCAGCAGCUGGAGGCCGUGUCGGAGAAGGCCAAGCUGAAGUCUUUCUCAGCCAAGAUCGUGCAGCUGCUAAAGGAGUGGACAGAGGCCUUCCCCUAUGACUUCCAGGAUGAGAAGGCCAUGGUGGAACUGAAGGCCAUCACCCACCGGGUCACGCAGUGUGACGAGGAGAAUGGCACAGUGAAGAAGGCCAUCGCCCAAAUGACGCAGAGCCUGCUGCUGUCGCUGGCUGCCCGAAGCCAGCUUCAGGAGCUGCGGGAGAAGCUCCGCUCACCGGCCAUGGACAAAGGGCCUAUCCUCAAGGCCAAGCCGCCAGCUGCUCAGAAGGACAUCCUGGGCGUGUGCUGUGACCCCUUGGUGCUGGCCCAGCAGCUGACUCAUAUUGAACUGGAGAGGGUCAGCAGCAUUCACCCUGAGGACCUGAUGCAGAUUGUCAGCCACAUGGACUCUCGGGACAAGCACAGGUGCCGAGGGGACCUGACCAAGACCUACAGCCUGGAGGCCUAUGACAACUGGUUCAACUGCCUCAGCAUGCUAGUGGCCACCGAGGUGUGUCGGGUGGUGAAGAAGAAGCACCGGACCCGCAUGCUGGAGUUCUUCAUUGACGUGGCCCGGGAGUGUUUCAACAUCGGGAACUUCAACUCCAUGAUGGCCAUCAUCUCUGGCAUGAACCUCAGUCCUGUGGCGAGGCUGAAGAAAACGUGGUCCAAAGUCAAGACUGCCAAGUUUGAUGUCUUGGAGCAUCAUAUGGACCCAUCCAGCAACUUCUGCAACUACCGCACAGCCCUGCAGGGGGCCACGCAGAGGUCCCAGAUGGCCAACAGCAGCCGAGAGAAGAUUGUCAUCCCUGUGUUCAACCUUUUCGUUAAGGACAUCUAUUUCCUGCACAAAAUCCACACCAACCACCUGCCCAAUGGGCACAUCAACUUCAAGAAAUUUUGGGAGAUCUCCAGACAGAUCCACGAGUUCAUGACAUGGACACAAGUAGAGUGUCCCUUCGAGAAGGACAAGAAGAUUCAGAGUUACCUGCUCACGGCACCCAUCUACAGCGAGGAAGGACUACUCUCCUUAACAGAGCCUGAAGGCAUGGAUGCAGCCUGCAGACGCUGGAUGAAGCACACACAUGCACCGAGUUUUAAUCUUGAUUGAUAUGGGUUGAGAUGAGGAGGCCUCACUGGUUGGGGUCCAUUUUGUAUAUAACUUUUAUGAAAAAAAAAAAAAAAGGUAAUUAUUUCAUGCAUCAACCUUUGGCACUUACAAAGCUUUUUUUUGUGUUUAUUUUAAAUAACAGGGCAGGGCCCUGCUUUGGGGAGGGGUGGGAAAAGAGUAUCAUGGGAGAUGGCAUCCAUGAUAAUGUCUUAUUCUAAUGAAAUGUAGAUUUUUAUUUUAUACUUUUGAUUAUUAACAUCUUACGAAAAGAUAUUUUAAAAAAACCCAACCAAAACCAACGAGAGCCCUGCCUGCUCGGACGCCCUUCCAGCCAGUGUCUCUGAUGUCGGGGUUAGUGCCUUAGAGGGUGCUGGAGGGCUGGUCCCCACUCCAUUCUUCUGGCCUGCAGCCAGCCAGUGCUGCCGGGAGGCGCCGGGAAAGCUCUGCCCUGGGCCACAAGGUGCCUGCCCUUAAAGCCUAGGCCAGCGAGGCUCCAGCAAGAAGGGCUUGGGUGGCCAGGAGGUCUCAUUUGCAUACUUCUGGAAGUGAACCUUGAGUAUGGCUUUUCCAAAGUUUACAU